ACCUUAAACGAUAAUCCCAAUUCACAAGGACCGUAGCGACUCCUCAUUAGACGCUUCCUUUUACCUCGUCCCAGGCUCAAAAAUGGCGUCCUCAUCCCCUCUACGCGCCCUCCCCUCUCUCCCUCACCGUCGCCUCUUCGUCCCCAAUCCCCCUCUCCUCCUCCCUCCGCGAUCAACCCCUUCGCUCCCUCACGCAAAAACCCUACUCUCCCGAUCGAAGCAAGGGCUGUGUUUCUCCGGGGCGGAGUGGCCGAAGUCGACGUCUUCGGAGGAGACGACGGCCACUGUGGCCGUGUCGAACAAGUUUGGGAACGACGAGGCGCCGGAGAAGAUCGAGAAGAGCUCGUAUGGAGGGGGAUUUGGGGAAGAAUCGUCCCCUAAUAUGGGUGAUGGGGAGGAGAAUCCGAGUGGUAACUUUUUGGAUCAGCUUAAUCUAAAGUUGGACAUGGGAGACACAUCCAGCAUCCUCAUCUAUGGAACCACUGCUUUGGUUGCUCUGUGGAUAUCGUCAGCCAUUAUUUCUGCUAUUGAUUCUCUCCCUGUGUUUCCUAAAGUGAUGGAAAUAGUAGGCCUUGGCUUCACCAUUUGGUUCAGCUCUCGCUAUCUGAUCUUCAAGAGCAACAGGGAUGAAUUGUUCGCCAAAAUUGAUGAGCUCAAACAGCAGGUAUUCGGGACAGAUGAUAAAUAGCAACAUUCUAUAUGGUUAGUUUGAUGAAAUUUUCUUGCUAAAAAGAUGAUAGAGUUGUUAGUCUCUUGCUUGUUAAUCUAGUUAGUUUUGUACUUCUGUAGUUAUUUAUAUGGAAUUUUUGUAUCCAAUUUGGGUAUGUGAACUCUAUUUUUGUAUCCAAUUUGGGUAUGUGAACUCUUGAUUAAUAUUUUUAGCAAAUUUCUUUCGGUGGUAUUUCUUUUUCA